GAGCCAGGGCCGGGUAAGGUCUGAGCGAAGCGCCUAGGCUAGCGGGCCCGGCGCGCCUCCUCGGCCACUAUGAGCUGCACGAUCGAGAAGAUCUUGACGGACGCCAAGACGCUGCUGGAGCGGCUGCGCGAGCACGAUGCGGCGGCCGAGUCGCUGGUGGACCAGUCGGCUGCGCUGCACCGGCGGGUGGCGGCGAUGCGGGAGGCGGGCGCCGUGUUACCCGAGCAGUAUCAAGAGGAUGCAUCCGACGUGAAGGACAUGUCUAAAUAUAAACCUCACAUUCUGCUGUCUCAAGAGAAUACCCAGAUUAGAGACUUACAGCAGGAAAACAGAGAACUGUGGGUUUCCUUGGAGGAGCACCAGGAUGCGUUGGAACUGAUCAUGAGCAAGUACCGGAAACAGAUGUUACAGUUAAUGGUCGCUAAGAAAGCCGUGGAUGCCGAACCAGUUCUGAAAGCUCACCAGUCUCACUCUGCAGAGAUUGAAAGUCAGAUCGAUAGAAUCUGUGAAAUGGGAGCAGUGAUGCGGAGAGCUGUUCAGGUGGACGAUAACCAAUUCUGUAAGGUUCAGGAGAGACUAGCUCAGCUGGAGCUUGAAAAUAAGGAACUUCGAGAGUUACUGUCCAUCAGCAGUGAAUCUCUGCAGGUUGGAAAAGAAAGCUCUGUGGCUCCUGCCUCUCAGACCAUCAAGUAACUGGACUUCCGAAGGCUGGCUACAGCUUGCCCGUCAGAGCGAGAAGCCGUGCCCUCCUCUCCUGCCGUGUCCAAGAGUCCUGCCGCAGACUUGACUUAGUGUUGGGUAGAGGUAUGGGGUGGCAGUUUAGAAUUGCCACUUGGUAUUCAUUGUCCACUAACUAGUUUGGGGUGUACUAGUGAAACUAGACAAGUCCCCCAUUGCUGGGACAGAGAUGACAUUUGUCACUCUAGUCCGGAAUCUCUAUAAACUGUUACCUGCAGUUCAAUGUUGUUUUUCACAGCUUGGAAACACUGAACACUUUUAUUAUAAGCCAGGAUUUUAUUUUAUAUAGGAUUAUAAAAAUUCCUUCUAAGAGUUUUUCAAAGAUUUAACUUUUUAAAAAUACAUAUUUGGUGUAAACCUAGAUUUUUUUUUUCUUCCACUUGUAAAAGUAGCAUGACUUCAAAGAAGCAGAUUGGCAGAGUCUCUGAGUGACGUCGCUCAUCCAUGGGGUUUGAUCCUCUCCGGUGCUAGGAGUUGGCACUUUGUGGUCAGGUGUCUUUGCUCUUAAUUUGAGAGAAUCUAUUAGUCCCCAGGAAAUACGCUUGAAAACAAGUAAGCCGGGUUCGCGUUGCUCCUCCUCCUCCUCAAGGAUCCACAGUCAUUCAGAGAGUGCUGAGGAACUUGGGCCUGCCCCAUCAUGCACAGGGAGCUAUUAGAUGUACAUGACUGUACAUGUACAUUGGACUUAAAUGCCAAAAAUAGCUUUUAUUUAUUUGACCAAGUAGUUUUCCAUUCUGUCUGCCUAAGGAGUCUUCGGCUUAGGUAGUUGCCUUGUAUGAGACAUACACAUACACACACACACACACACACACACACACACACACACACAUACCUCACUCACAGGUUCCUAGCUCCUAGGCACUUUCAUGGACACACAGCUGUGCUGUGCUGUGCUGUGCAGAGCAGCACCACUGGGAUGGUUUAGACCGGCAUCAGUACUUUGCUGUCUUUCCAUCUGCUGGGUUUUCUCAUGGAAGCAUUUUAUUACUCACAGAAAGUUACCACAUUCCUGAUGCCAUGCAUUCAGGCAAUCAAGAACAACCUGAGAUUCUAAUAGCUCCCUGUCAGUUCCUUCUCAUCUUGGUUUGCUCAUAUGUCAGGUUUAUAAAUAAUUCCUUUUGCACUGUUUGCCCAGAUGGACUUUGGUUUUUGUUCCCAUGUUAACUUUCACUCCAGCUGCUCCCCUUGAUGUUUCCCCUAAGGGCCCCAAGUGUGUACUCCACAAACCCAUUCAGGGGUGGGUUCCUUUACCACUUGUCAGCUGUCACAGCAGGUCCCAUCACAGUGAGAGCAUUAUCAGUCAGUCUAUUUCAGCAGUGAGCAUGGUGUCCCUUUCUUUAUCUGCCUUCUGUUCCCGUAGCACUCACUACAAAGGUCUUUGCAUCUAGCUUUCAGAGGAAUCUCUCCAUUGCAGUCCUGAGGGUAGAGCAAGCUUUCGGUGCCCUGUGUCGUAUAAAUUCUGCCUGGUGUUAGUGCUGUGAAGGCAUUGCAGAGCUAGCACAUUGAAUGGAGAAAGAAUGUUUCACACUUGUGUGAAGAUGCUAAUAUCUCUUGCAAUGGGUGGAAGUAUUUAGUGUAUAAAAUUUUAGUAUGAAAUUAUAUUAACUAAUAAAAACCUUUUUGAGAAGAUUUGCUCAUUUUACUGAGAAAUGAGUCUAAGAAGUUGAGCUGGAAAAAAAAAGGAAGUUUAGCUGAGCAGUGGCGAUGUACACCUGCAAUCCCAGCACUUGGAAGGCAGAGGCACAUCUCUUGAAUUCGAGGACAUGCAGGUUUACCUAGUGAGUCCCAGGAGACUACACAGGGAGACCCUGUCUUGAAAAAAGCAAAAAGAAGUAUAGGAGAUUUUUUUCACAUAUUCACAUACAUAGCAACCAUGGCAAGUGUUCAUGACAUAGAUGUCAUAAGCAGCUUGCAAUUAUUCAAUAUAUUCAGCAGUAUAAACCUUUGAAAAGCACAUUAACAACCUAUUCAUUGCAGAAGUCCUGAAUGUAUAAUUUACCACUGAAGUCUAUUUCCAUGUUUCUUAAAAUGCACCUAAUGAAAUAGAAAUUUAUGGAUGG